UUCAGAUAUUCUUCCUGUUCUGUGUUAAUCUGUGAACAUGGAGAAACUGACGAGGUGUUUUAUGUCGGUGCUGCUGCUGUCUGCGGUGCUGAGCUCUGGUUUAACUGAAGAGAAGUUUUUCGGUGAAGGAGGUACACUGGAGCUGGGGCCUUACUUCUCCGGUAAGAUCGACACUGUCAUAUGGAAACUAAACAACAAUCUGGUGGCAGAAUGGGUGAAAAGUAUAAGUGAUCUAACGUACUACGACGUGUUUGUAAACCGAACAAACCUGGACAAAAUAACUGGAACAUUGGAGAUCAGAAAUAUGAGUUCAGCUGACAGUGGGGAGUAUAGAGUGGAAAUCAACAACAAGGUCCUGCCUGAGAGCUAUAAUGUUAAAGUGAUCAAGGAGGUGACACAGCCUGUUGUGUUCCUACAACCACUGGUAUCGAAACAAUGCAACCUGCUCUGUGAGGGAAACACUGAGGGGGCUGAACCUGUCACCUACAGCUGGAAGAUGGGAGAAGGAGAGUGGAUGGAUGGUGAAAAGAUCAGGAUCAUCACCAACGAUAAGGAGACACAAAGUAUUGAAACGUUUUCCUGCCGGAUGAAGAACCCGAUCAGUGAGAAACAAACUGACCCCAUACCCAACCCUUUCUACAGAGAAAAUCCUGCAGACUCUGAACUCUGGAUUAAACUUUUAGGGCCUGUCAUGGGAUCUCUGGUCAUCUUGUCUCUCUUGUGUGUUGUUGUGUUCUUGAUGUGGCGAAAACGAGAGUCUGUCAGGAAACUGAUCUGUCCAUUUCUCAUCAGAAAAGAUGAUGGUGAGGAUUAUGAUGAUGAUUAUGAAAAUGUAACCUGA